GAAAAUUUCGUGGGCAAAAGAUGGACGCUGAUUCCAAGAGAUUUCUAGCUACGCUUCGAUCCCGAUCUGAAAUGUUAAUGGGCUUUGAAGAAAUAGAUGGAGAUGAUGAUUUCCAGGAGGAGUUUGCUUGCCCGUUCUGUGCAGAAUCGUAUGAUAUCAUCGGUUUGUGUUGUCACAUAGAUGAUGAACAUACUUUAGAGUCAAAGAACGCGGUAUGCCCUGUUUGCUCUCUAAAAGUGGGAGUUGAUAUCGUAGCGCACAUAACGCUUCACCAUGGGACGAAAGAGAAAGUCACGGAAAAGUGGUACCAAUUCGACACUUUCACUUCUUCGGAAAGAGCUAAGAGAAGGAGAUCUACAGAGGUUGUUAGGAUUUACUUCUCGAAAUGGUUCUGUUGCAUCAAGUGGAACUCCCGAUCCUCUCCUGUCGUCAUUUAUCUCACCUACACGAUUACAGAGUUCUCCUGUGACACGCCAAACCAAAAAAGUAUCCGAGGAGAAACAGAUAGAGCGCAAGAGACAAGUGUGCAUCUCACCGGUCUCAUCAAAAGAUCGGGAAGAGAGGAGGCAAAAAUCAGAGUUUGUUCAGAGGCUCUUGUCAUCAGCCAUUUUUGAUAUGGUCUAAUCAAAUCAAACACAACGAUCGAGAACACAAAGGAAGUAAAUCUACAGAUUCAGACUUCAGAGACUCUGGUUUCGAGAAAAAACAAUGGUUGGGAUGAGAAGAAGACGGAGAAGAGCGAGAUGCAGCUAUGUUAUCUAUAUCUAUUAUCUAUGUAUUGUGUAUGUUUUUAAGUAUAAAACCAGAAGAAGAUGCUACUGAAUACAUUGCGUAGAAUUGUGUUUUCUUAAGUUUAUUAAGCCAUUGAAAAAUAAGAUAAGAAGAAUAAGUUCUCUUGUCUGUAGCAUAAGCCCAAUUGGUUUUCUUGUGUUGUGUGUCUUACGAAAUAAAAAAUGUUCACUCUU